AUGGAUGGAACAAAGCCGGCCAUGGACUCCAAUGCGGAGGAAACUCAAGACGAAGGACAGGAGAGCAAAGGAUGCUUCGAGUGCUGCAUCAAAUGUCUGGGCGGUGUGCCCUACGCCUCCCUGGUGGCCACCAUCCUCUGCUUCUCCGGUGUGGCCCUGUUCUGUGGUUGUGGCCAUGUGGCACUGACCGGCACUCUGACAAUGCUGGAAAACCACUUCUCCAGGAUCACCAGCGACCACGCCACCCUCACCUUGGUCAUUCAGAUAUUUCAGUACAUCAUCUACGGCAUUGCUUCCUUCUUCUUUGUGUACGCCAUUGUCUUGCUGGCUGAGGGAUUCUACACCACAAGCGCCAUCAAGAAAGAGCUGCAGAGUGACUUCAAGACCACCGUGUGUGGACGUUGCAUCACUGCCUUCUUCAUGUUCCUGACCUACAUCUUCGCUCUAGCAUUCCUCGCCAUCUUCGGCUUCACGGCCAUCCCAGUGUUCCUCUUUUUCAACAUGUGGAACACCUGUGCUGCCAUGAGGUCCCCUGAAUCCAAUAUCACCUCGCCCGACUCCAUUUGCGUGGAUGUCAGGCAAUAUGGUAUUAUUCCCUGGAAUGCAACACCAGGAAAAGCUUGUGGUUCCACUCUAGGAGACAUUUGCAAUACCAGUGAGUUCUACCUGUCCUAUCAUCUCUAUAUUGUGGCAUUUGCCGGCGCUGGAGCGACUGUCAUAGCACUGAUUCACUAUCUGAUGAUCUUGUCUGCCAACUGGGCCUACCUAAAGAGCGUCGUCUCCACGCAUGACUACCAGGACAUCAAGACUAAGGACGACCAGGACCUGGAGGCGGAGGCGCGCUCCAAGGAGGGCCAGAACUCGUCCUCCUACUCAUAA